AGCCCCAGGCGGCGCCGCGCGGGCCGGGCCGCGCCGGCCCCGCCCCCCGGCGGCCGUGGGCGGGGCCGGGGCGGGCGCCGUGAGUCAGUGCCCGGUAAACAUUGGCGUGAGCCGCCGGCUCCGCCGUGCUGGCGGCGCCCUGAGGGCGGCGGGGGCCGCGGCCAUGGACGAGCUCAAGCACCAGGUGAUGAUCAACCAGUUCGUGCUGGCGGCCGGCUGCGCCGCCGACCAGGCCAAGCAGCUGCUGCAAGCGGCCCACUGGCAGUUCGAGACUGCUCUCAGUGCUUUUUUCCAAGAAACAAACAUCCCCUACAGCCACCACCAUCAGAUGAUGUGCACUCCCGCCAACACGCCGGCCACGCCGCCCAACUUCCCCGACGCCCUCACCAUGUUCUCCCGCCUCAAGGCUUCUGAGAGCUUCAACAGCAGUAGCCCUGUGGCCUCCAUGGCGACCUCCCCACCGCCCCCGGCCCCGCCGCUGCCCCAGCACGGGGCCUUCAACCCCGCCUGGCCCACGGCUUCUCCCCCUGGCCAGCAGCAGAGCAUGUGGACUCCGGCCGCGCCGGCGCAGCCCGCGGGCUGGCCCGCCGCUGUCUCCCAGCAGGCCACCGCUGAACAGAAGGCCAACGUGACCAUGGAGGCAGAGAGAUGAGGCCGCGGCCAAGAGCGAACGCGGCGGGGAGGGACCCCUGCAUAUAAAUAUUUUUUUUUUUUUUUUUCCUCCCCCCCCUCUCCAAAGAGGAGAGGAACUCUGCUGCCAGGGCGUCUGGCAGCUGCCGAGACACACGAGAGAAAUAGCUGCCUUGCAUGGGUUUGGUUUGAAGUAGUUUUUACUUGUUCUCGAGCUGAAUGGAGCUCCCCAGAGACAGCGGGAGGCUGCGUGGGACCGGUGCCGGCCUCUGCGUGGGACCCCGCCGCUGCCAGACUCUCCGGGAGGGAGCACCCCCUCCUCUCUUGGGACACCGGAGUUUGCAUGCCAGUGACAUUUACAGAGGAGGUCCCUUCUUCAGGGUCCCCUGGGCCACCCCACUAGGCCAAGUGGGUUGUGCCUGAGUGUUUCCCCCUAUCCCUUGGCCCCGCUCGACUGGGUGGGGGCAGAUACCCCAUGAGGCUUGUUUUUUGUAAGGGGUGAAGAGAGCAAGGGCUGUUCCUGCUCCACCACAGCCUCCACCCUGCACACAUCAUCCUUGCUGGUGAGCAGGACUGGGGGACACCGGCUCUUGGGGAGGCAUCUGGCCCCUCGCCCAGCCCCCAAUGGGGAGCAGGGGGUGAGCCACAGUGGCCCGGCUGGGCCAGCACACCCUCCCCUCCACCCCCUGGGAUGGGGUUCUCCCCAGGGCUCUUUUGCAUGACACAGUGUAACCCUAGAGACUGGGAUCGUUUUUAAGCCCUCUGUUCUUUUUCCCGGCGGCUGGAAGUCUCUCCGGAUGCGCCGCAGCCGCUUGCAAUACACGCUCUUCUGCUUUGAA